CAGUCCCUCAUGCCACUCUCCUUACAAGUCGUCGCCAGCACGAGUGUUUCGAGUCCAUUCUGGGAUAUCUAUGCGGAGGACUUUGAACCCAAUGCUCGGGCCCAACUUGAAUGGUGUUGGGGUCUGCCUCUUGGUUCUCUUGACAGCCACCUGAGUUCAUUUACGGAUCCUGCCAUGGAGGCACUUUUAGAAGACGACAGCUCCCUUAUAGCCAUUCAUCCCUCAUUGGUUUCUGCAUUACUCGUGCAAUUUAGACGCAAGCGUAGGCAGCCCCCUCAUAUCGAUGGUCUCUACAAUGGCCGAAAGAUGUUCGACUAUAUCGUUCUCGACGCAAACAAAGCCGCCACGAUCCCUCCUCGUCUCAUUUCUUCCUCAAUCCCGCCCCAUCUUACCCUUGGCCCAACGUCCACAAAGCUAUCUAAGAACAUGUUUACGUCGUCUCGUGGACGAGAGAAACGCAUCAGAGCGCUUUUCGAGUUACCAAACGCUUGUCAGCCGUGGCCUGGUAUCACCGUUGACCACCUCCAUCCCUAUUUCACGUGCAUCGAUUACACAUUCAAGCAGUGGUUGAUCGCCACGGUGCCUCCCGAUUUCCUUGCGGGUUUCGACGCACAACUACCGCCCUCUGAUGCUGCAGAUGGGAGCCCACCGCGUUUCCUAAUACCCUAUGAACCGGCAAGAUAG